CGCCUAAUCCAAAGUCACUUAGAAUUGCUCACUCAUCCGUUCCUUUGAAAGUUGGCCCAUCUCUUUCUCGGUAACUCUAGCCUACAUAACGAUUCUAUAACUGAAUCACAGCUUGUACUAGAGUCACAGUAGUUACCAGCAAAAAAACCGACCCUGGUAUAGCAAACCUAAGCGUCCGGACCCCUGUUCUUUAGGAUCCGAUUCGUUUUCAUACUCAACACCCUGACCGCAAACUCCACCAACUGUUGAAUAUUUCUAUUCCCGACCAGUCUAUGAGCUGAGACUGUACAGUUCGGCAGUAGAAAAGACGUUUAUUUAUCGAAUAGCCAGUGUCUCUACAGCGAGUUUAUACCGGUUCAAGGCCUGUCUUGCACCCUUUCACACAACUGGUCAUUGCCGUUUCUUUGUCUACUUAUCUCACUAUUGAUAUCAGGCGAGAAGCCAUAUCUCACAAGCACCAUGGCAGAUGUAGCCGAAACUCCAGAAAUUGAGCUGCCUACUGACAGCAAGGAGGCUGUUGUUGUAGAGGAAGAGAAAGACAUAGACCAAACGAAUUCUGAAGAUGCAGAGGAACACAAAAACGGUGAUGAAGGUGCACCAGGCACUGAACCAGAACCUGAACCAGAGGCAGAGGCAGAGGCAGAAGCAGAUAAAUCCCCAGAGCAUCCCCCGUUGGCCAUAAUUGAGGGCAAGGCCAGCGACUCGUCAGGCGAAGAAGCUGUCCCAAUCGAUUUUUUUACGAUGGGCAUGUUUAUAAUUGAUGAUAUCGACUUCAUUCCGCCAACUCCGCCUGUCAAAGACAUCCUUGGUGGCGCUGGCACCUACUCGGCCCUUGGAGCUCGCCUGUUCUCACCCCCGCCCAAAUCUGCUUCAGUUGGCUGGAUUGUCGAUCAGGGCUCAGAUUUCCCGCCUUCUCUCUCUACGCUCAUCGAUAGCUGGUCCACCUCGGCUCUGUUCCGUCAUGACGGGCUUCGGUUGACCACGCGAGGCUGGAACGGCUAUGAAGGCACUGCCGAGAAGCGAGCUUUCAAAUACCUGACUCCCAAGAAGCGCUUGACUGCCCAGGAUCUUACACCAGCGCUGCUUAAAUCACGAUCGUUCCACCUGAUAUGCUCCCCAAAUCGAUGUAGGGAUCUUGUCUCCGAGAUCACCUCACUUCGAAAGAAGGUCGUGCCCCCUGAGACAUAUACCAAACCCAUCUUCAUUUGGGAGCCUGUGCCUGAUCUGUGUACCCCUGACGAGUUGCUCAAUUGCACCAACUGCUUACCUCUUGUCGAUAUCUGCAGCCCGAACCAUGCAGAAUUGGCUGGGUUCAUGGGUGACAGUGGACUUGAUCCAGAAACAGGUGAGAUUUCUACCAUUGCUGUAGAACGAGCCUGCGAGCAGCUUCUUGCAAGCAUGCCUCUGCAAUCAUUCUCUCUUGUUAUCCGUGCUGGCGAGAAAGGAUGCUACAUCGCGAAGAAUGGAGGAAGAAAGCGAGGCCGUGACCCCAAGACGACCAAGCGACGAAAAAAAGAUUAUGUUAGGGGUGGCCUUCAGCCAGAUACGGAUAUGGAGGCUUUGUUUGCCGGCCUUCUCCAAGAUGCCGAUGGGAUUGUGGCUCGCGAAGAGAUCGAGGUUGAUCCUGGUGUCGAGAAAUGGGUUCCCGCCUAUCACACUGACCCAUCCAAGGUGGUUGAUCCUACGGGAGGUGGGAAUACCUUCUUAGGCGGCCUCGGUGUGGCUCUGGCCCGAGGCGAGAGUCUCGAGGACGCUGUAGCCUGGGCCACUGUUGCCGCAAGCUUCGCCAUUGAGCAGGUCGGUGUUCCAACGAUUGGUAGAGACGCUGAAGGCCGCGAGGCUUGGAACGGACAUAAUGUUGAGGACCGUCUCCGCGAAUUUCGCGAACGUCUAUGAAUGAAAUGAAACAUUGGAUAUACUAUAUUAUGAACUAUAUUAUAAAAAUAGGAUGGGUGAUAGGGAUUUUAGAAUAAUAAGAAUAAAGCACAUUGGACAUAGGUUAUUUAAGCUCGA